UAGCAGCAGCAGCAAUUUACCACAGUAGCACUCCCAGGUGUCAAAGGAAUAGCCCCAGCAGUCAACUCAAUCAGUCUUUAAUAGCAAGAAGACAAGACACUCUGUCAUGGGUGGACAAGUCUCCAGGUCAGACUUUAUGUGGGUCUACACUCAACAGCCUCACGUUGCUAGAAGGAAGAUCAUUCUCGAGAAAUACCCUCAGAUUAAAAAGCUAAUGGGACCGGAUGACAGACUCAAAUACAUCUCAUCGCUGAUGGUCAUAUUCCAGUUGGUAUCUUGCUAUUACAUAUCACAGCUGUCCUACAAGUGGAUAGUCCCAUUAGCCUACUGCCUUGGUGGAGUCAUUAAUCAUUCGCUUACACUAGCAAUACACGAGACGUCACACAAUAUGGUAUUUGGUAACAAGUACCCACUGGCUAAUAGGCUCUUUGGGAUGUGGCUCAACCUCCCCAUAGGUGUACCAAUGUCCAUAUCAUUCAAGAAAUAUCACCUAGAGCAUCACAGGUUUAUGGGAGCAGACGUCGUCGAUACGGACCUACCGACUAAAUUUGAAGGACUCUUCUUUCGUAAUCGUCCCCUAAAGUUGCUCUGGGUAUUUCUACAGCCGUUAUUUUAUAGCCUCAGGCCUAUAGUGACAAACCCAAAGCCCCCAAAUGGUUUAGAGAUUCUAAACACCUUCAUACAGCUAUCCUUUGAUGGCAUCGUGUUCUAUGUGUGUGGACUAAAGGGACUAGUGUAUUUCAUUCUUGGCACUCUCCUCAGUACUGGAUUACAUCCAAUGGCUGCUCACUUCAUCGCAGAGCACUACAUGUUUGAAAAAGGCUACGAGACCUACUCUUACUACGGGCCAUGGAACCUCCUCACCUUUAACGUCGGCUACCACGUCGAGCACCACGAUUUCCCA